AUGGCCCCGAACCAUGCUAGAGCCAUUGGCCAGAUAUCUCACUAUGCCUGCCGCUUCUCGAAGCCUGGAACUCCGGUGUCGGGCCAGGUUCGUCAAUUCACAACACCAAUAGAUACCUCGAUCCCAGCGUCGAAGCAAAAGUUUGUACCGUCUUCAGGAACAUAUCCAAAAGGCUUUAAGGUCUCCGGGAGCCAUGCUGGGGUGAAAGCGUCGAAUACAUCCGCUCCUGACCUCGCAUUGAUAUGGUCCGAGGACCCAUGCUCCGCCGCUGCCGUCUUUACUACGAACAAAUUUCAAGCUGCUCCGGUUCAAGUGAGCUCAGAAUUGAUCCGAAAGAAGAAAGGAAAUAAUAUUCGCGGUGUUAUUGUUAACGCUGGCUGCGCCAAUGCAGUUACCGGGAAAAAGGGACUGCAGGAUGCCAGGAGCAUGAGCCGAAAGGCGGACGAAUGCAAUGGGCUUACAGAGGGCGAUUCAAGUACUCUUGUCAUGAGCACUGGUGUUAUUGGCCAAUUGAUUCUCAAUAAGGUUCCUGAAGCGCAAUCGAACCUGUCAUCGACUCACGCUGCAUGGUUACGCACGGCUCGAGCUAUUUGCACUACUGAUACAUUCCCAAAGCUCACCUCUCAAAGUUUCACUUUACCCUCUUCUCCUGGCCGUACCUAUAAUAUAGCAGGAAUGACCAAAGGGGCUGGUAUGAUCCACCCAAACAUGGCAACUCUACUCGGUAUCAUCUGCACCGAUGCACCCAUUGAAGCCCCGAUAUUACAAUCGCUUCUUUCUCAUUCUAUAUCGCGAUCGUUUAACUCUAUAUCCGUUGAUGGUGAUACCAGCACCAACGAUACGGUAGCUAUACUUGCCAAUGGAGCUGCAGGAGGAACUUCUAUAUCCUCAAUUGAUUCAAAGGACUAUACCGCCAUGCAGUCUAUAUUAACAGGCUUCACGCAAUCCUUGGCCCAAUUAGUUGUUCGUGAUGGUGAAGGAGCCACUAAAUUCGUCACUGUUCGCGUUAAAAACUCGCCUUCCUAUGAAGAUGCCAAACGCAUUGCUUCCACCAUUGCCCGUUCUCCGCUAGUGAAGACUGCGUUGUAUGGCAAAGACGCUAAUUGGGGUCGUAUCCUCUGUGCGGUUGGAUAUACACCAGACCUGGCCCCUGGGACCGUUGUGCCUGAGAAAACGAGCGUGAGCUUCAAACCUGCUGACGGAAGUCCCGAACUCAAACUUCUAGUAAACGGGGAGCCAGAGUCUGUGGACGAGGAGCGAGCCUCUACUAUCUUGCAACAUGAGGAUCUUGAGAUCGUAGUGGAUCUAGGCGGUGGAGCUAGUGGAGACGCAGGCAAGGGUGGCGAAGAGGCUGUUUAUUGGUUCUGUGAUUUCAGUCAUGAAUAUGUGACUAUCAAUGGAGACUACAGAACAUGA